AUGGCCACUCAGUCCGGGACGCGGCUAGGCCACACGCAACGGGGAUCGAUGAUGGCACCGCCAGUGACGAGAUGGACCACGACCACUCAGGCCGCGCGCCGCCAUGGGGGCGUCCGGUGCUUAAAUGAAUGCGCGGGACGGGUACAAGGCAAGGUCAGAGUGGCGCUGGCGGUGGGAUGCAGAGAGGGCAAGCCGGCUGGAGCGGAGUCGCCGUUCGAUAAGCCGCAAAGAUACAGUCACCCUCACGGCCAUGGCCCGUGGCUGUGUGUGCCCUCCAUCCCCACCGCUCGCACUCGCACUCGCACCAGAAAAGAGGUGUACGCGCCGCCCGCCUCCUCUUUUGCCCCCGCCCCCUCUCUGCUGCGACGCCUGCCCAGCUCGCCAGCCUGCGCGGCUGCGUGGCACAGCAUCGUCAACACCAGGCCCGGCAGGGAAGACGCCUCGCUGGGCUGCGCAGUGUACGCCCCAUGGCCUCGUAUGCAUCGCAUAGACGCCGCGACUGGGCCUGGUGCCGAUGCUCCCACCCGACUCGCCAUCAACCCCAUCGCCCUCGGACAUGAGGCCUUGCGCAGCGUGCAGGGUGCUGAGAAACACAUCCAUCAGCUCUGUGUUAUCGCUGCGGCGCACCACCUCGCCUUACCCCGCCAUUCCUACCCAAGGCUGACCCUGUCCACCUCCUCUAGCAUACCACACUAUGCCUCCCGCCGCCAUCCUCAACAAAACCCGUCCCCACGCGGAGAGGGGCUCUCCCACUUGCUGCCUGCCGAGCACACGGCACACCGAGUCAAGCCUGUCCAGUUCACUACGCACUCUGCUCUACAUAGUACAACCAGACCAGGUUGCAGUCGCCCUCACGUGCACGCCAUCAAUCCACCGUCUGCAUCCUGA